AUACCGGGGGGCUUUGGAUGUGAUGCUGAGAUGCAGGAGCUGACAAAGGAAGCCCAUUAGCCUGAUAUUGGGCCCACAUGAUGUCCAUUCUUAAGGGUCUCAUUCAAUGUGAGCCCAAAACAAAAAGUUAGCCGUUGACAGUCCUCUGCAAUGCACACCUGUUUUAUAAAUUAUAAUACAGAGAGACGUUCACCCUGGGGGCUCUUCCCUCCCUCCCAGGAAACAGGGCGACUCUCACAACAAAUCUCUGAUAUCAUGUGACUUCCUUUGGACACAAAGCCACCCUCUUUCCCAGAAUCGCUUAUCGCUAACCCACAAGUCAUCCCCUUCUUUCUUCCUCCCUCUUCAUUAUGAUCAUCUCUAUAUACCCCAUCCAUUCCUUUCACCGUCCUUUCCCAUUCCCGCCUCUCCGCUCUCGAUCUCAAAACCAUGUCUCUGAGCCCUCCUCGCGCAACCAUAACCUACCAGCUCUACUGGUGCUUCCGCUGCAACCGACUGGUCAGGCUCGCCCCCGUCCACCCCUCCGACGUUAUCUGCCCUCGCUGUUUUCAACACUUCCUCUGUGAAUUCAACAUACCCGCACCCACACAGCUCGCCCGUUUCAUCGAUCCCCCGCAUUUGCUUGAUGCCCUUUCGCUCAUGCUCGACCCCACCAUCCUCCGCUUCUUUGAUCCAGAGUUCGAGCACCGCCACUUUCCGUGGAUUCAGGGGCGAGCUCACCAGCAUGAAGGUCGGACUCGUGAGAAUUCACGUGUUGAAAUUCCGGUUCGUCACAUAAGACGUCCCCGGCAUCGUAGUCUUGAUGCCAGAGCUAGUGGUUUCGACCCAGAACUGGAAGCCCAACCUCGCCCUCGGACUUGGGUUAUCGUUCGACCCGUUGAUCGUUCCAACUCGUUCGAAAGGAUUCCACGGCAACAAGAUACAGUCCCACGACGGGUUGAUCCGAGAGACUACUUUUUCGGGCCGGGGUUGGAUGAACUGAUUGAACACCUGACCGAAAAUGACCGGCAAGGCCCGCCUCCAGCGCCGGAUAGAGCUAUCGAUGCGAUUCCGACUGUGAAAAUAAUGGAGACACAUUUGAAGGAGAACCCUCAUUGCCCGGUUUGCCAGGAGGAGUUUGAACUGGGUGGGGAAGCGAGGGAGUUAUCCUGCAAGCAUAUAUACCAUUCUGACUGCAUCGUGCCAUGGCUAAAGCUCCACAAUUCUUGCCCCGUUUGCCGGCAAGAGAUGCCGGUGCUCUCAGACUCCGACGAAUCCGGUGGCGGUGGCAGGUUGCGCCGGUGUUUAAGGUGGAGUCAUUUGGCUUCACUUUGGCCUUUCCAUGGAAGGUUCCGACGGGUUAAUCCAGAACGCUAGAAUGAUCCUACUUCUGCAUGGUGCCUACGCGUCCCUCUGCAAAAUUCAUUUAUAAUCAAAUAUCGAAAUCCACGAAAUGCUGGAUGACUGCAUGUUCAUCUCACGCUUCUGUGUACUCCCUACCGCCUAUUUCUCUGAAUCAUUAUGUUCUUUAGAAAUCGGUUCACUCGUUAAACCGGACACUCGGUCUCCUUCUUCAUAGCCAUGCUUUUUAACCAGAGUUUUAAUGGAUCUACGUCAACUAAAUUUCUUUAGCUAUGAUAAAAUGAGAACUAAAACGUUGACGGUAACAGAUAGAAUCAAAGAAAUAUCUUCUCCCCCCAAUUAUGGAAAAGAUAGAAA